UAACCUUUAAUAAGUAUUAACUGUACAGAAAUAACAAUUAAACGUUUUUGACCAUUAUGAGUGUAACUCAUUUCAUUAGUUGUAUUAAAAUAUCAGUGGUUAUAAUAAAUAAAAAAUAAAUUUAAGUUUAGAUAAGAAGUGUACAAAAUAUAUCAUGACAAACCGACUAUUACGUCUUCUACUAAUUCUAGUGUUGUGUGUCUCUGUUUUAUAUAAUAGUAUCUUUGCGGUGUAUUGGAUAAUUAAGAGAACAUACGAUAUAUCGUAUAACACGGAGAAGUUAGAGCAAUCAGAUGCGUACAAUGAACCGAAUGUAAAUAAUAUUUUGGGUAAUCAGAAUCAACAGAACCAUCCAUAUUUUUCGGAGUCAAUUAUAACCGUUACGCCUUAUUACAAAGAAAUGGAAUGGAAUGAAAUUGCGAACCCGCCUCUACCAUGGUAUUUCAAAGAUGGUACAAUAAGACCGGCCAAAGCUCCAUCAAACACUAGAUUUAAUCUUUCACAAGUGUGGCCCAAGAAACAAAUAAAUGGCGAUCGAGUGGAAGAACAACUAAUGUUUAUGCCAUCAAAUUACGAGUAUAAUAAUGCACCGAUCAAGUCAAUUUUAUUAUUCAACAAUGUUAACGAAUGGAUGGUUGAUAGCGGGCAAAACGAAUUUAUUUCAAAAGAUUGCCCAGUAAAUAGAUGCACAAUUACUACGGACAAAUCAAAAAGCUCAAAUAUAGAUUCAAUUUUAUUCCGAAAUGAAUUCUCACGUCCAGGUCAUAUAAAAGCCGAUAAACAAGUAUGGAUUUUAUUUAUUGUCGAGUCUGCAUACUAUACAGAACUUAACGUUGGUCAUGAUUUAAUCAAUUGGACUGCUACAUAUCGACAUGAUAGUGAUAUCGUUACGCCUUAUCAACGAUGGGCUUACUACGACCCGUCCGUAACUCAAAUUGAACAAUUUAAUCGAAAUUAUGCACAAGAUAAAACGAAACAAUUGGCGAUAAUUAUCACAGAUUGUAAAACUAAUUAUUAUGACAGAGAACUAUUUUAUGCUACAGAGUUGAGCAAAUAUAAUAUAUCUGUAGAUGUAUAUGGUAAAUGUGGUGAAUUUAAAAAUAUCGAAUCUAAUACUUUUCUUCAAAUGCUGGAUCAGGAUUAUAAGUUUUAUUUGGCUUUCGAGAAUUCAAAUUGUAUUGAUUACGUGACUGAUAAGUUUUUCGUCAACGGACUUCAGCAUAACGCACUGCCGGUUGUGAUGGGUGGACGCCGAGAGGACUACGAGCGGAUGGCGCCUAAACAUUCAUACGUGCACGUAGACGACUACGAGUCGCCCAGGCGGCUGGCCGAGUACCUACGACGGUUGGACGCCGACGACGACUUGUACAACGAGUACUUCCGGUGGAAGGGCGCCGGCGAGUUUAUCGAUACAAAGUUCUUCUGUCGGCUGUGCGCGAUGUUGCAUGAUGACGGCGCGCCGGCCAAAAGUUAUCGAAACUUUGACAACUGGUGGCGUGGCCCGGGUGUUUGCGAUGAUGAUGGACCGGAGAUACCUACUCAAUUACCGCCACCGCCGUUAGCGAUUAAUGACAUAGAAGAAGAAUGACACUUAAGCGUUAACGUAGGAAGAUGAACGAUUAGUGACUCGUCUUUGGAUAAUAUAUCUAUACGUAUGACGAGGUUAAAAAAUCAACAUUCAAUAGUUGCUUAAUUGCCAUCACAUGCGUCGGUGUCGCUGCAGCACAAUUCGUUUGUGCCGUUAGUGGUACACUCGUGAAGUUAUUUAACA